CUAACCAUCGAGAAAGAGGAUAGGAGACGCCAACUAGGGUAAAGGAGAAAACAAGAAAAGAAGAGAGGUUUAGGGCAAUAGAUGGGAAGGAUGGCUAGCAUCCUCACCAAAUCCAUCUUCCUCCUCACCUCCAUCCUCAUCCUAAUCAUUUGCAGCCUCAUCUUCCUCUUAACAAUCUCGAUUCCUUCGAACCCGCCUCCAACAGAUCUGCUUUCGCCACCACCACCCUGCAGCGCCGUUUCCCCUGCUUCCUUCAAAUCUGCUUCUGGGUUUGAUGCUUCCGCUAGAUUUGCUUCAGGCAUCCUCACCAAAUCCAUCUUCCUCCUCACCUCCAUCCUCAUCCUAAUCAUUUGCAGCCUCAUCUUCCUCUUAACAACCUCGAUUCCUUCGAACCCGCCUCCAACAGAUCUGCUUUCGCCACCACCACCCUGCAGCGCCGUUUCCCCUGCUUCCUCCAAAUCUGCUUCUGGGUUUGAUGCUUCCGCUAGAUUUGCUUCAGGGUUUGAUGCUUCUCUCUCCAGUGUUCUUCCUUAGAUGCCCAUGUUUCUCAGUAAAUUUGUCUUUCUUGUUAAAAAAUAUCGAAUGUUGAUACUUAUAUGUUAGUUUUCGUGGUUGUAUUGUUUAAACUUUACAUAUGGGAAGUGUUUGCAAUUGUUGCGUAGAAUAUACUUAAAAAAAUUGUCGUCAUCGAAGACGAUAGAUGGAAAAUUAUCCAGAAGUUUUAUGUUAAACUGAAGUUCUUUGAUUUUCUCAUUCUCAGAUCUUGUGCUUUUCUUAUAUAUGAUUGCUUUGGGUUGUCUCAUGUUUUUCUUUUCCUUUUCAUUGGUUUGAAGUGUAUGUUUUUCUUUUCCCUCUCAUUGUCUCCAUUAGAUUUUGGAUGACUUACAUGUUUGUUAUUUUGGCUUUUGAUUAAAGUCACACUGCUGUGUACUGCUUAAUAUUGCAACAAGGAUUUGAACUGAAUUGACAGAUUCCGAUGCUAACUUCUAAAUAAUCCAUGUCUUCUGGCAGAUUAUCUACUCUGGUUAUAGUUGCACACAGGGUUGGUUUCUCACACCUUGCAUAAGUGAUC